GCUUCCUGCUUGCUGGAAUCAGUCAGUGGAACUGGAGCGGUGAUUGAUUCGUGUAUGGAGUGUGUAGUAGUGCAAACAAGAGAGAGAGGAAGUGUAUGUACUUGAAGUGAGUGAGAGGGGGAGACGGAGAAAGAUAGUAAGAAGGCGGUGGAAGAAGAGGAGGGAGGUAGAAAGGGGCGGUGAGGCGUCUGGUGCUUUUCGCGUAGUAUUUCUGAUCGGUAUUCUGAGCACAUCAAGCCAACAGAAUGAGGAAGAAAUCCCGCAUUCUCUUAUGUUUCGCCUUCCUUUGGGUGUUAGGAAUCGCUUAUUAUUUUUUCUCUGGAGCGACUCUAAGUCGAAAGGAGGAGUGGAAUGAUAUUCAGCAAGGAAAGAAAGAACCUCUUGACAGUGGCAAGCCUUCAUCUAUGGACACACUACCACCAGGCAAAGUACGCUGGCAAGACUUUGAUCAGGAUGCUUAUGUUGGCAGCACUGCGGUUCGACCUGGUCAGGAUCCAUAUGCUCGGAAUAAGUUCAACCAAGUGGAAAGUGACAAACUGCGAAUGGACAGGAAUAUUCCAGAUACUAGACAUGAUCAUUGUCGGCGAAAGCAGUGGCGCACAGACCUACCAGCAACCAGCGUGAUAAUCACAUUUCAUAAUGAAGCCAGGUCUGCCUUACUCCGAACUGUUGUAAGUGUUCUUAGAAAAAGUCCAUCGAAUUUGAUCAAAGAACUCAUCCUGGUCGACGACUACAGUGACAGUGCGGAGGAUGGUGCCUUACUGGCAAAAAUUGAGAAAGUACGGAUCCUACGAAAUGAUCGCCGUGAAGGACUGAUGCGCUCACGGGUGAAAGGAGCAGAUGCAGCUCAGGCCAAGGUCCUGACCUUCCUUGACAGUCACUGUGAAUGCAAUGAACAUUGGCUUGAGCCUCUCCUGGAGAGAGUAGCGGAGGAUAGGACAAGAGUUGUGUCACCAAUUAUUGAUGUCAUCAACAUGGACAACUUCCAGUAUGUAGGAGCUUCAGCUGACUUGAAAGGCGGAUUUGAUUGGAAUUUGGUCUUUAAGUGGGAUUACAUGACACCGGAACAAAGAAGAGCAAGGCAAGGGAAUCCAGUAACACCAAUUAAAACCCCAAUGAUAGCUGGUGGGCUGUUUGUGAUGGAUAAAGCAUACUUUGAAGAGCUUGGCAAAUAUGAUAUGAUGAUGGAUGUCUGGGGUGGAGAAAAUCUAGAGAUCUCAUUUCGUGUUUGGCAGUGUGGAGGAAGUCUUGAAAUCAUCCCUUGCAGUCGAGUAGGCCAUGUUUUCCGCAAGCAGCAUCCAUAUACUUUCCCUGGUGGAAGUGGUACAGUGUUUGCCAGAAACACUCGACGGGCAGCUGAAGUAUGGAUGGAUGAAUAUAAAAAUUUCUAUUAUGCAGCAGUGCCUUCAGCUAGAAAUGUCCCAUAUGGCAAUAUUCAGAGUCGUCUAGAAUUAAGGAAGAACCUGAAGUGCAAUUCUUUCAAGUGGUACCUUGAAAAUGUCUACCCGGAACUAAGGGUUCCAGAUCACCAGGACAUAGCGUUUGGAGCUUUGCAGCAAGGAACCAAUUGCCUUGACACUCUGGGGCAUUUUGCAGAUGGUGUUGUAGGAAUUUAUGAGUGUCAUAAUGCUGGCGGAAAUCAGGAGUGGGCCCUAACUAAAGACAAAUCAGUGAAGCAUACAGACUUGUGUCUUACUGUUGUAGACCGAUCACCUGGUUCCCUGAUAAAAUUGGAAGGGUGCAGAGAAAAUGACAGUAGGCAGAAAUGGGAGCAGAUUGAAAACAACUCAAAGUUGAAACAUGUGGGCACUAACCUUUGUCUAGAUAGCAGAAAUAACAGAAAUGGUGGCCUUACAGUAGAAGUUUGCGGUCCAUCGCUUACCCAACAGUGGAAAUUCACACUUAAUCUGCAGCAAUAGUAGGAAAUUAAAAUGCUGGCAAGGUCUGGACUCAUUUGCCUGGUUGUGUUUGUCAAUACAAAAUUUUCCAUGGAACUAUAUACCUCAGUAUUCCAACUUUUUGUGGAAGUAAUAAAAUGUGGCGAAUGUAUGUAAGCCAGUUAAAAGCAAUGGCUAACAUUUCACAAUAAUAAGUGCAAUCGCUGUGGGAAGUGUGCUUCAGGUAGUUGAAAGCACUGGUUCCUUACUGGCUUAAUUUGGUACCUGAACACCAGUAAAAUGCAAAGCUGUGCUCUUAAGACUGAUUAGGAGCAUGUGAUCUGUGAUCUAUGUAUACAUGAAAAUCAUCAAAAGCUAGAGACGUUUGUACAUCAUUUUAAAUUUGUUCCUAACCACAUUAUUCCACUCCCAGACGUUUAAGUGUAUUCAAGGCUUGGAAUUACAUUUUUAUGGUAAAUGAAGAAAACUUUAGAUUUACAUAUUCUUUCUACUGAAAAAAAAAAAAAAGAAAACUGAUAAUAUUGGUCUGAGUCAUGGCAGACUGAUUUUGAAUGUUGAAGAAAAAUAUGGGAACACUAAAGUGGAUCAAUAUUUUGUAUAAAAGCAAAGACUGAUGCUACUGAGAACAGGAUGGUCUCUAAUAGACUGGAUGCAGCUACCACAGUAGAAAACAGUUCAGUGCUGCUUUGUUUUGUAAGGGUACAUCCUCGUGUUGUACCCAUGGGGGAAUGCAGUUCAGCACAAGUGGCUUCCCGGAUUUUCUUGCAGCCACUAAAAUAAAUGAGAUGUUUGCAAACUGACUUAAUGGGGGUAGUAUCCGCCAGUGUGCAUUACUGACAGGGCACUUCUGUACAGUAGUAAUGUUUUUGUGUACAUGUGCCUUGCUAUUUUGUUUAUCUUUGUAACACACAUUGCUCUGUUUGUCAUCCAGACUUGGCAUUUAGAGUUUUUUGAUAAUAUUUGUACUUACAAGCAAAGAGGUUUAGCUCAGUAUAAUAUGUAACAUGGAUAAGAUCCAUAUUGAAGGUAUGUAUACAAGUACAUAUUUACGUGCUGAAGUCUUGAUCUGUGUGAGUGUAUGUGUACAUAUGUAUGUAUACAUUAUAUAUGCAUAUAUGUAUAUGCGUACAUGUAUGUGUGUUUAUGUUAGAGUAUUCUGAAGUGUUAACUAAAAAAUGAUUAGAAUAUGGUGUUAUAUAGCAGUGUUUAAUUUGUAGAAGUCUGUGCCCCCAAAUGCAGGUCUGAUUUAAAUUUCCCUUUUACUGAUCAUUUCACCAUGGGAUUGGGAACAUGACUACAACAUACCAACUCACUAUGAAUAAUCAUUGUUUUUGAAUGUUGCUUUUAGUUGUUGCCACGUUCUGUUCUUUUUUAAUAGGUAGUAUAUGUAUAGAAUAUUUAGUCAAAACUGAGCUAGACAUCAGGAUAUAAAGCAAGAUGUAUGAUUUAUAGCUGUAGUAGUUCAACUUUCACACAUAUGUUAAAAUUGAAUGAGGUGCCAUAUUUUAAAUUGUAAAAAUUUCUGUUUCUGCCAUCAGUUAUUUUUUGUGUGUGUGUGUGUAUAUAUAUAUAUAUAUAAUAUGUGUGUGCGCGUGCAUCUGUGUGUGUCUAUAUAUAUAUAUAUAUAUAUAUAUAUAUAUGUGUGUGUGUGUGUGUGUGUAUAUAUAUAAUAUAAUAUAUAUGCACACACACACAUUUGUGUAUGCGUGUGGUUUUGUACCCUGUUUAUGUCAACAGUUGCAGACUGAGUCUUACCCUAACAUGAUUACAUAUGAAUAAUUCUAAGAGUGUUUAGGUUUAGGUGCCAUACCUUUUUACACUGAGUAGUAAAUUUGUAUUAAGCGGAUUCAUUUUAGUGUUGAGUAAUGAGUUUUUAUGAAUCAGUUCAAUGUUAGCAGAAUGAGUGCUGAUGUAUUUAAUAGCAGUGGUGGUAGUAUUUUUGUAGCCCACUGUUUCUUGCUGUUAAAUAAGGGGACACAGCUCUUAUUCCUCCCACCCUGUCACUAGACCAUAAAUCUGUUACGUAAUUAACAGAUGUACAUUUGUAGCCCUGCAUUCCUACACCUAUUUAGUAGUGAAAGAUAUUUUCCAGUAAUUAUUUCUGAUAUUCAGCUAGAUGAAAUACUUGUUGGUAUGGUGCUCAAACCCAGCAGCAAGAGGUAUUUAUGCUAUAGCACAACCACUGUGUGCUGAACUGCAACAAUGCAGAGACUGGUUUAACUGAUGUGAUGUUUACAUAACAUAGUGUGCCAAAGUUGUUUACUAUGAUCUGUGGUUUUCACUUUAGCAAAUAAAAUUCACAAGAUUAUCCUGUUAAA